CCGCAAAAAACAACAGACUGGCUGUCUCAAAGCUGGUUCUGAAAGUGGUAGAAAGAAGCUAUGGCUAAAAUGCCCCCAAUUGUUGGGGAGCAGGGUCUGUUGGAGUGUUAGUGUUGUGAACCUUCCAUUUCAAGGCGAGGUGAGGCAGUGGCCUCUGAGCACCUGGAAGGGGUUGCAGAUCAGGCUUUUGAGGAGCUCACCACCUCCUGCCCUUUGUUGCACACUUGGCACCUUCCUCCCUCCCCCACUGCACACCCUCCAGCCACUGUGCUACUACUGCCACUGGUUUGCAGUGGGUGGGUGCGCAUGAUGGGCGGGCCUGUGACAGAGGGUGAGGCAGCAGGGGGGGGGCAGCAUUUCUGUUUUGUCUCUCCCGACAAAACGUUCUGGGCUGGCCCUGUUCCAUCUUGUGCCCAGGCUGUAUAUGUAUGCAAACAAAACCUUUUAUCACAGAAAUACCAUAAGUCUCCUGUGACAUUUAUUCCAAGGGAACCAAACCCAUGCCCUAGGCUCAUCUUCCGUGUGACAGCCCAUUAUGUAUUUGAAGAUGGCUGUCUUAUCUCCUCUCAGCCUCUUCUUUUCCAGGCUAAACAUUCCCAACUCCCUCAACUGCUUCUCAUAAGGCUUGGUUUCUAGACCCUUGAACAUCUUGGUUGCCUUCCUCUGAACUUGUCAAUAUCCUCCUUAUAUUGUGAUGCCCAAAAUUGGCCACCAUAUUCCAGGUGUGGUCUGACCAAGGCAGAAUAGAGCAGCACUAUGACUUCCCUUUAUCUGGACACUAUACUUCUGCUGAUGUAGCCUAUGAUAGCAUUAGGUUUUUUGCUGUUGCAUCACACUGUUGACUCAUGUUAAGCAAGACCCCAAGAUCCUUUUCAUGUGUACUGCUAGUAAGCCAGGAGUGGGGAGCUUGGUUUUUGUGUAUUUUUGAGUCAGUUGCCAACUAAAUUUGGCCACAUGUCUGUACAGAGUGAUCUGAUUCUUAAUUCCUUGGCAAGCAGACGCCUCCUGCUUGGAAACAGGACUGAUGGAGUUAAUUUCUGAAGCUUCAUCCCAGCCUUUUCUAACAGUCUGGCUAAGAAACAGGUCAGACUGGUCCUCUUCUGGCCAAGCUUUGCCCCUAGGGUGUCUGGCAUGUGUGGCUACAGAGUAAAAUACUACAUCUCCAGGAUAUGGCAGUGAAAUAGGAUCUGCAGCUUCCAAAAUAGCAGAGCCUGCGUCAUCUUUUAUGAAGUUAGGACCCCUUUCUGCAGCUCCAAUGGUCUCAGUAGGCAUUCACCUGCCUGACCCCGAGACCCCUCUUCCAGACAGCGAAUCAGCCUUAGUACCUGGCCACAGCCUAAAGCAGGCUUCAUCGAACAAAAUUCAGAGAGCAGGGAGGCUCCUCUGUGCACAUCUGGUCAUCUUGUACCCGAACCUAAUCCGCGAUCACAAGCACCACCUCCGGCUUUACAGGCAAUGCUGUUCUGGGAAGGAGCUGGUGGAUGUGCUGCUCAGCGCAGAGUUUUCUGUACAGACGCGCAGCCAGGCCCUUGGACUCUGCCAGGUGCUGGUGGACGAAGGGGUCUUGGCUCAUGUGCGGCAGGAGAGCUAUUUCCAGGAUCGCGACACCCAGUUCUUCCGCUUCGUGGCCCUGGAGCCAAGCGCUGAAGACCGGGAUGCUGAGGAGCUCCUGGAGGCACUGGCAUUGCUCACCCAACUGGGCCCUACCGCCUUGCUCACCACCAUCUUGCACAAACCCCCUGGCCAGCGCACAGAUGAGGAGCUUGCACUGAUCUUUGAGGAGCUGCUGCACAUCAAAGCUGUCGCCCAUCUCUCCAGUUCUGUGAAGAGGGAACUGGCUGCUGUCCUGCUGUUCGAAUCCCAUGCAAAGGCUGGAACUGUGUUGUUCAGCCAAGGGGACAAGGGCACCUCCUGGUACAUCAUCUGGAAGGGAUCAGUCAACGUUGUCACACAUGACAAGGGCUUGGUGUCCACUCUGCACGAAGGUGAUGACUUUGGCCAGCUGGCGCUGGUGAACGAUGCCCCCCGUGCAGCCACCAUCAUCCUCCGUGAAGACAGCUGCCACUUUCUGCGUGUGGACAAACGGGACUUCAAUCGCAUCCUCAAGGAUGUUGAAGCCAACACUCUGAGGCUGAAGGAACAUGGGAAGGUGGUGCUUGUUCUGGAGAAGAAUUUGCAAGGCAGCAGCUCCAGUCAUCUUCCUGGGACUCCAGGGAGCAGUAGGUACUCAGUGAUGUCUGGGACCCCUGAAAAAAUACUUGAUUAUCUGCUGGAAGCCAUGCGUCCAGACUCUACACUCUCUGACCUCGUAGACACCUUCCUUGGAGAUUUCCUUCUGACACAUGAUGUGUUCAUGCCAACACCACAGCUGUGCAGAGCUCUGCUCCAACACUUUCAUUCGGAACCGUCGGAGGGCACCGAACAGGACAAAGCUGCCUACAUCCUGGGCAAAAGGCAGAAGAUCCUGUGGCUGGUGAACCAGUGGGUGUUGCUCUAUGGGCGCCUGCUGCAGGCAGAAUCCAGCACUGUGGCCUUCUUGCAGAGCCUGUCUGAGUGUGCAACCCAGGAUGCUCGUCUGGGCCCCCUGCUUAGGGAACAGCUUCAGGAUCGCCGGAGGAACCGAGUGUUAGAAAAUGGCAGCAACUGUGCAUCUCCGAAGCUUCAGGUGCGAAGUGCAGUGGACUGGUUUGCCAGCCAGGAGGAACCAUUUCUGAACAGCAGCUACACUAUCCGAGCCCAGGACAAAGUCCCAUAUGACAUAUACAGGCCAGACUACUCCUGCCUCACGACGGUGCUUCGGGUGAACGCUUCAGUCCAGGAAGUGCUCACAUCCCUGGCAGACUGUCCUGGUUGGAGCAAAGAAUGGGUCCUGGUCAAGAUCAACUCAGUGGGAGAUAAAGAGGUCUUGCCCUCGGAGGCCUUUGCUGUGUUUACAUCCCUGGGGCUGAAUGAGAGACUCUUUGCUGCCACUGUCCAGGAGCUUCACAGCUUGGCCCCUCACCCUGAGCAGCAAGGCCCCACGGCGGGUUCUUCAGAAAACCUGGAUUUCAUCAGCUCCAAGGACCUGGCCAACCAGUUCACUGAGCAUGACUGGAACCUCUUCAAAAGCAUCCAUCAAGUGGAGCUGAUCUACUACAUCUUUGGACCACAGAAGUUUCCCAAUGCAACCACUGCGAACCUGGAGCGCUUUCUGUGCCGUUUCAAUGAGCUGCAGUUCUGGGUCACCACCGAGCUCUGCCUUUGUCCUGAUGUUAUCAAGAGAGCCCAACUGCUCCGAAAAUUCAUCAAGCUGGCCGCACACUUGAAGGACCAAAAGAACCUGAACUCUUUCUUUGCAGUGAUGUUUGGCCUGAGCCAUUCCACCAUCAGCCGCCUCUCUAGGACCUGGGAGAAGCUCCCACACAAGACGCGGAAGCUGUUCGGCACCAUGGAGCGCAUGCUGGACCCUUCUUGGAAUCACCGGGUCUAUAGGCUGGCCAUGGCGAAACUGACUCCCCCCUUGAUUCCCUUUAUGCCCCUCCUGCUUAAAGACCUGACAUUUAUCCACGAGGGCAACCACACAUUGGUGGAGAAUCUUGUCAACUUUGAGAAGCUGCGCAUGAUGGCCAAGGCAGUUCGUCUCGUGCAUCGUUGUCGGAGUCACCCCAAUCUUCCACUAUCCCCUUUGCGGAGUCGUCCUCAGCACCUUCUGGAAGAAGCCCGGGCGCUGCGUGCCUCUACCUGUUCAGAGCAAUCCCUUAGCACACGAAGCCCAGCUGCUACUUGGGCCUACACCCAGCACCUGAGAGUGAUUGACAGCCAGAAGGAACUUCUGCGGCUCUCACGAGACCUCGAAUCCUGAUGCUGCCUGAAGCCGAGGCUAGGACCUGGGGUGUGCAUAUUGUCCGACCUGGGCAAAGUGACUGCUAGAAGGGGCACCUUCUCAUGAGUUAGCCCUACUUUCAAGAUGGGAGAUAUCAAGCAGAUGGGAGAGCUCUUCAUUCUCUUGGCGGUUCCCUUGCUCGCUGUUCUGCAGCCAGGAUGUAGGUGCCAAUGAUGUCCAGGCCAGAGAAAGGACAUGUCAGCUGCUACUGAUGAUGCUUUUGUAGGCUGCAAGGUUCCUGAUCCGAAGAAAGACUGUGCUUUAUGGACCACAUUGGGCUGCCUUAUGGAGAAAGGAGCAAAAGCUACCAUAUAUCACGUAUCAGUGUUCAAUGGAAAUGUGCUUUUUCUAUUAAAAAGCAUACAGUAAGAUUUGCUUUUG